AUGUCUGGACCCAGUUGGUAUAUAAUUGGCGCAUCUGUUAUAAUUUUACAACAGAUUGCUCCUAUAGUGCUACAGGAAGGUAUGUAGAAGCUAAAUUUUAAAGCAUAUAGAUGGUAUAUUAUCGCUGUAUUUUGUAUUAUUUCACAGCGAUUCUCCGUCGAUUUCAGUAUAUGUUUUAAAGUAUGUUGCAACGAAGUUGCUUUAUAAGCAGGUGUGAUACGCUAUAUGUAAUCGAAUGUGAGUGAGCACCAUUAAGGGCAUGGAAAUUUUAUUUUGAGAAUGCUACGAACAAAUACAAGCAUUAAAUUUAAGAAGAAAAUAAAUGUUUCGCGCUGUUACAGUCGAAAUGGAAAUACCUGCACACUUCCACUUGUGUAGUUUGUUGUGUAAUACUGUAUUUCUGUAGCUGCUGAAAAAGUGUUUGUUCAAAAAUCGUGCAUUAAGGUAUAACUAAUAGCUAUUGUGGAAUUUAUUAAUUAGCCAACGCAUAUUCCAUCGAAAAUAAUGCCAACAAACAAACAUAAGUCAAGAAUAAGCGGCUUCUUGUCGGUAAAUUUUUCCGAGCUUCUACAGAAAUACAGUAUUACACAACAAAUUACAUAAGUAACUGAAAUGUGCAGGUAUUCCGUUUUGACUGUAAACAUAUAGAUCGGCUGGUAAGUUAAAACCUGGUUAAAACGACAACGUAGUUGAAACAACAACGUCGACGAACUUUUCUUACAUUAAAUUGCAAUUAAGUUCCUGACAGUUCAUAUAUAUACUUGUUAUUUAUUCAACUUUGCCAGAUAUAAGGUCACGGUUUUCAUGUACUCAACCUAAUGCAAAUGAAGUGAAACAAAGAACUUAGCUCAUUAACAUUAGGUUCGGCACAUGAAAAGUUCGACGUUUGACCCUGGCCUAAAAUACACGAAUGACAUGCAUACAAUACAAAUACAAUAUUAUACUAGUGACGGAUGGCGGGGACACCACAACAGUUAAAACCAAAUAUCUAGAAACAGCACUGAGUUGAUAACAUUGUUUAAACUUCGACAAGGAUUACAAUUUAAACGUACAGAUCUCUAUGUUCUCAGGUCCUUGAAUAAUAUAUAUAGUCUCGUAUGCAACAAUCUAUUAAAUUAUACUUAAAGAUAUGUUAGGAUGUUGGAAAACAAUUCCAAACUCGUGACGUGGAUGAUAUACGAUCGCUGGAAAGUACUUGUCCUGCAUUUUUGUGGGAAUUAUCGGUUUAAAAUGAUUGGUUUAUAUCUCUUAAUUCACUUGAUUAGCAUAGAUACGAGACAUAAUAAUUGUACUGAUCAAUUUGACUAAUAACAACUGAUAGUGCCAGAAAUAUGCAUAAAUGUAUGUAUAACUAAUCUUGUAAUAAUAAACACUUCCAUUGCGCUUGGAGUUGAAUUCACUGUAUUAUUAAAUAUGGAAGCUAGGUGAUAGAGAUAUAAAUACACGGAAUAUAACCUUGAAUAUUUAUGAACAAUAUAAUCUUCCAAAUGUAUUUUAAUUGCCACAGCGUUAUAGUUAUUAGAGAGGUUCAGUUUUCACUACCACUACCUUUCCCUGGCUUAACACGCAUCUGAUUGGUCAAUCGCAUAGUUCAAAUGCAUCUGAUUAGUCAAUCGGAUAGUUCAAAUGCAUCUGAUUGGUCAAUCGGAUAGUUCAAAUGCACCUGAUUGGUCAAUCUGAUAGUUCAAAUGCAUCUCAUUGGUCAAUCGGAUAGCCCAAAUGCAUCUGAUUGGUCAAUCGGAUAAUUCAAAUGCAUCUGAUUGGUUUAUGGCUCCUUAAUGGUAGCGGUGGUGGUAGUGGAAGUCAAAUCUGAACCACUAUAUUUAUGAGGGCAAACCAUAUAUACGGAAAAGGGCAGUAUAUAAAAUGACAAACAUGUUGGUUGAAGCUUUCACAAAUUUAUGUCCAUAUUUUUUAUAUCACCGGACAGAAUGAAUGCAUUCGGACUCCAUAUUCAAAAUUGUACAAUUCAUAUAAAUUUCGCUCAUUCGGAAUAAAUAAGAAAAAAGAUAUAAAUAAACAGACAGACAAAAACAAGCCAACAAAAAAGAAAGAGGCAAGUUUGGAUAAGCUUAAAACAACUAACGCGGUACAUAUUUUCUUUCUCUUCAGACGCCUGCAGAAAACGGGAAAAAUUCUUCAGUCAAUUCACGGUACCCGGCGAAGACCACAACAAAUCAUUGUCGUCUUUUAGCGUCCAAUGUACUGCACAUCCAACUGUCUUCGAAGUGUGGUUUAAAAAUAAACAACUAUGUAUUUGUGGAAGAAUAACUAGAGCGAAUACACCAACUUUUCUAAAUUGCCUCAAAAGAUUCCCUCUGGAUUUCACCGUGGUUAUAUCAGUUGAAAAAGUUAGCAGUCGAUGGGGUGACAAUUGUACAUUUAGAUUCAAUUUUGUAGACGGUGUUACAACUACGCUAGAUUUGGGAAUUUCGCCAGGAAAAGUUGUUACGUCCAGUUUUGUAAAUCCACAACCUUCUGAAAGUUCAAUCACUUUAUACACAGGAAACACAGUUAGCCCAACACGUAACCUACCCAUACUCCAGACUGUAGUUUCGUCCAUUCAGCAGAGUCCAGUUCCAUCUCUUCAACAUGGUCGGGCCACCAAAUCAGUGCUAAUGAUGUCACUGGUGAAAGAUAGAGUUGUUUCGAAGGCCUCGUCAUUUAUACAAGCUUCGCCAACGUCUGAAGUUUUGCCUAGCAGUACAAUGUCAAGCAAAGAAAAAGAUAAAGGUAAAUUUGAUGGAUGUGAUCUCUUACGGUCAUGUGAACGUAUAGUGUGAA